UGCAUUUAGUAUAUAUAUAUAUAUAUAUAUAUAUAUAUAUAUAUAUAUAGUUGGAGUAGUCAUAGAUAUAGUAAUGAUGUUUACCUUUUUAUCUCUAAUCAUUUUUGGAAGUUUAAAAGAGGAGUUUAGGUUACUGUAGGUUAUUUCCCUACCCUACCUUAUCCCAUAUAAUACUAUGUACUUGCAUUGCAUAUAUUUUUAGUGGGAAAUUUGUAUCAAUGGUUCAAAUAUUUUCUAGCACUACAACACACCACAUGGCAACAAUUUUGCAUCACUUUUAUGUAGCACUGCCCGAGUCUAGUCAUUUGGUUGAAGUUUUUAUUAUAUUUAUAAACCACCUCUGCAUAGCCUUAAACUGCAUUAAUUUGUUCUUUUACUCAGCACUGCCUUUACUACUAGUCAAUAUGUUUUGAAUUAGUAACAACUUGCUAUUUUAUUGUCAACGGUACAUGGAUUGGCUCCCGAAUAUCAAUAGGGAGUUGUAUAUUACUAUAUAAAACAAGGUGAUGGAAUUAGCAAAAAGUGCACAGAAAGCUUGAGCUAGAACUCCUCUUUGGAAGAGAGCAGAGCUCCUUCACAAGGCAGCUGUUAUCCUGAAAGAGCACAAGGCUCCAAUUGCUGAGUGCCUGGUGAAAGAAAUUGCAAAACCAGCUAAAGAUGCAUUCUCUGAGGUUGUGAGAUCUGGAGAUCUUAUUUCUUACACAGCAGAAGAAGGAGUAAGAAUUAUUGGAGAGGGCAAGUUCUUGGUUUCUCAUAGUUUUCUUGGAAAUGAGAGGACAAAGUACUGCCUCACUUCUAAGAUCUCCCUUGGUGUGAUACUAGCCAUUCCAUCCUUUAACUAUCCUGUCAAUCUUGCUGUCUCAAAGAUUGGUCCUGCAUUGAUUGCUGGAAACUCACUUGUACUCGAGCCUCCUACUCAGGGUGCUGUCUCUUGCUUACAUAUGGUACAUUGCUUUCACUUGGCUGGUUUUCCCAAAGGCCUCAUCAGCUGUGUCACUGGUAAAGGCUCUGAGAUUGGCGACUUCCUUACUAUGCAUCCUGGUGUUAACUGCAUAUGCUUCACCGGAGGAGCCACAAGUAUUGCAAUUUCGAAGAAGGCAGGGGUGAUCCCACUUCAGAUGGAGUUUGGAGGAAAAGAUGCAUGCAUUGUCCUGGAAGAUGCUGAUCUCGAUUUGGUAGCAUCAAACAUAAUAAAAGGAGGCUUUUCAUACAGUGGACAAAGGUGCACUGCGAUUAAGGUUGUUGUGGUGAUGGACUCAGUGGCUGAUGCUUUGGUUGAGAAGGUGAAGAAUAGAGUUGCAAAACUAAGCGUCGGGCCGCCAGAGGAUAACUGUGAUAUAACUCCAGUAGUUACAGAAUCGUCAGCUAAUUUCAUUGAAGGACUAAUCAAAGAUGCCAAAGAGAAAGGAGCAACGUUUUGCCAAGAGUACAAGAGAGAAGGAAACCUCAUCUGGCCUUUACUGUUGGAUAAUGGAAGACCUGAUAUGAGAAUUGUAUGGGAGGAGCCAUUUGGUCCUGUUCUUCCUGUUAUCAGAAUCAACUCUAUUGAAGAAGGAAUCCACCAUUGCAAUGCUAGCAAUUUUGGUCUCCAGUUAUUAUUGAUAUAGUACAGAUUAUUAUACCCUUUUUUUUCUCCAUGUUAGAUUCUAAUAUUUUCCAAUGAAACAUAGGAUUGUGUAUUCACAAGUGACAUCAACAAAGCUAUCUUGAUCACUGAUGCAAUAGAGACACGAACAGUUCAUAUCAACUCUGCGCCAGCUCGUGGACCGGAUCAUUUUCCUUUCCAGGGUCUGAAGGAUAGUGGAAUAGGGUCACAAGGAAUCACCAACAGCAUCAACAUGAUGGUUAAGGUUAAGAGCAUUGUUAUCAACUUGCCAAGUCCUUCUUACACCAUGGGUUAGUAUUUAUUUGUCAGAGAAUCAAUAAUCAAAACAAGUAUUGUUUGUAGCUAAUUAAUUAGUGAGAUUUUCAGACAGAUUUGGUCUUUAGAAUUGUGUCCUUUGAUUAUAUUUUAAAUGAGAUUUUCUUUUAUUUA